CUCUACGUGUGCGCAUUGCAUUGAUAAAUAACUUACCGGUCCAAGAUGUCGGACGUCGAGGACGAUUUUAUGUGUGAAGAAGAGGAGGAUUAUGGCUUGGAAUACUCGGAAGACAGCAAUUCAGAACCGGACGUUGAUCUGGAGAAUCAGUACUACAACUCGAAAGCGCUCAAGGAAGAUGACCCGAAGGCUGCUUUGGCGUCCUUUCAGAAGGUCCUGGAACUGGAAGGAGGUGACAAAGGCGAAUGGGGUUUCAAAGCUUUGAAACAGAUGAUCAAGAUUAACUUCAAACUUAAUAACUAUCAAGAAAUGAUGGUAAGAUAUAAGCAGUUAUUGACCUAUAUCAAGAGUGCGGUUACGAGAAAUCAUAGUGAAAAAUCUAUCAACUCCAUCCUUGACUAUAUCUCAACGUCGAAAAAUAUGGAGUUGCUACAAGACUUCUACGAAACUACCUUAGAUGCUUUAAAAGAUGCCAAAAAUGAUCGGCUAUGGUUCAAAACAAAUACGAAAUUAGGAAAACUUUACUAUGACCGAGGAGACUUCAACAAGUUGGCGAAAAUCCUCAAACAACUUCAUCAGUCUUGUCAGACGGACGAAGGUGAAGAUGAUCUCAAAAAGGGAACUCAGCUGUUAGAAAUUUACGCUCUUGAAAUACAGAUGUACACUGCGCAGAAGAACAACAAGAAAUUGAAAACUCUGUAUGAACAAUCCUUACACAUAAAGUCUGCGAUUCCUCACCCACUCAUUAUGGGAGUGAUCAGAGAGUGUGGCGGCAAAAUGCACCUUAGGGAAGGAGAGUUUGAGAAGGCUCACACAGAUUUCUUUGAAGCGUUCAAGAACUACGAUGAGAGUGGUAGCCCAAGAAGAACAACGUGUUUAAAAUAUUUAGUACUAGCAAAUAUGUUAAUGAAGUCUGGCAUCAAUCCGUUUGACUCACAGGAAGCCAAGCCGUACAAGAACGACCCAGAAAUCCUAGCCAUGACUAAUCUAGUUUCGUCCUACCAAAACAAUGACAUAAAUGAAUUUGAAACCAUUCUGAAAAAGCAUAGGAAAAACAUAAUGGACGAUCCCUUUAUUAGAGAACACAUAGAAGACCUUCUGAGGAACAUCAGGACGCAAGUUCUAAUCAAGCUGAUCAAGCCUUACACCAGGAUCCACAUCCCCUUCAUCUCCAAAGAACUCAACAUCGACGCCAGCGAAGUCGAGAGUCUCCUGGUCUCCUGCAUCCUUGACAGCACGGUCAGAGGAAGGAUUGACCAAGUGAACCAAGUGCUUGAGUUGGACAAAGAGAGUGUUUGUGGUGCAAGGUACAAUGCACUGGACAAAUGGACCAACCAGUUGGCGUCGUUACACCAAGCGGUGGCCAACCGGAUGUGGUAGAGCGGAACCGGUUGUUGUACCCAACGUUACUGGGUGCAACCGGUGCUGGCUACGGUCGUGUCACUCAAAUCAGUUGCAUGUUUCAAUGCUUACCAGUGCUCUCAAACUGCCAGCAUAUGAGUUAGGCCUAAUUGUACUUGUAACUGUUAGGUUUUGUUUGUCAACUGAUACCGAAAUUGGUGUAUUGCAGAUUUGGGAUUUCUCAAAAAGAGAGUUCAGCUGGAAUUUUAGAGAAAAUAAGAACUCAGGGGCUAAUAAUAGAGAUGCUCAAUUAAAGGUCACAAAAAUAACAAAGGUAUUUUGUCCUCAUUUAAACUGUGCAGAUGAGUUAUAAUUCCCUAUAUUUUGUUUGAUUGGGGCUUUGUAUUACUUAAAGCUUUACAUUUAAUCAAAUUAAGUUCCCAAAUUACCAGAAAAACCUACAAAUGCCAUAAGUUUAUGUACAGUAUUCUUAAGUUUCUCUCGGUAAUCACUGUAAUAUUCAAAUUUUACCAAACUAGAUAAAAAUCACUUUUUCUAGAAAUUUGUAUUCUAAAGUUUCCCAAACUUGUCUUUGAAAGUAUUGUCUUUCAAAGUAUUGUCUUUGAAAGAAUAAAAAUGUAAGAUAUGUUCAUAAAGGCAUAAAUUGUGUUCACUGGUAAGUGUGGUGAUAAUUGAGAAUCUAAUUGAGAAACAUGUAACAAGUUUUGAGUGUCGCAACUUUGCUGGUAUCGGUGACAUCGUAACGUAUCGAUUGGGACUGUUAAUAAGUGAUGUACAGAUUUUUUAAUUUUAACACAGUAAGGAAUUGUAUAAAAGUGUAAUAUGUCACCGCUAUCGCUGCUGCCGGUGUAUGUUUUAUAACGUUAGGUUCUACAACGUAUUGAAGACUCGAUCAUAGUGUAUAUUAAUUUAUUUUCAAUUAAAUUGUUAUAUUAAAUUUUGCAUUUUGUGUUAUGCAUAUAUUUUCUUUGCUCUCAAUGGUUUUAUUUUCAGUUACCGUUUGUUGUUACUUGGAAAUAUAUUCUUGAGAGUGGUUUUUA